GCACAUUGACACGUCUCCGAAUAUGACCGAGAAUUGUCGAAGAGUAACGAGGAAAGCUGAAGUUUAACAUGUAAUUACAAGAGGUCGCAAGCGACUGGCUGAGUGUCUGGGUACCUCGUAUCCAACUCCGAGCUUCGAGGUUCCGACUCUCGUGAAUCCGAAGAAGUGCUCCGGAUCGAUAAGGAAAAAAUGGCUCUGCUUGUAAGGAACGUCUGCAAAACUAUAUCUCAGGCAGCCCAAAAAGGAACGGUUCGAACCUUACACAUUAGUGCUGCACGUCAUCAGGAAACUUUUAUUGAACAAGAAGGCAAAACAAAAUGUACCCUCAUUCCUGGGGAUGGCGUUGGUCCUGAAUUGGUUGUGUCGGUUCAGAAUGUUUUCAAAGCUGCCAAUGUACCUGUGGAAUUUGAGCCAUACUUCCUCUCCGAAGUUAAUCCCACCCUCAGUGCACCACUGGAACAGGUGUCAAAUAGCAUUGCCAGAAAUCGUGUGUGUCUCAAGGGAAUUCUCGCAACCCCGGACCACUCGCAUACCGGGGAGCUUCAAACGUUGAAUAUGAAAUUGAGGAAUAAUUUAGAUCUGUAUUCGAACGUUGUUCAUGUUAAAUCAUUGCCGGGAGUAAAAUCGCGUCAUCAGAACGUUGAUUGUGUUAUAAUAAGAGAACAAACAGAAGGCGAGUACUCUGCGUUGGAGCACGAAUGCGUGCAUGGAGUUGUUGAGUGUUUGAAAAUCGUGACUCGCACCAAGUCGCAGAGAAUCGCUAAAUUCGCUUUCGAUUACGCGGUUAAAAAUAAUCGAAAGAAGGUAACCUGCGUUCACAAAGCUAAUAUCAUGAAACUCGGAGAUGGUUUAUUCUUGCAAUCGUGUAAGGAAAUUGCUACGCUCUAUCCUAGAAUACACUUCGAGACGAUGAUUGUAGACAACUGUACAAUGCAAAUGGUAUCGAAUCCUCAUCAGUUCGACGUUAUGGUUAUGCCAAACCUGUACGGCAACAUCGUCGAUAAUCUUGCAUCAGGACUCGUGGGUGGAGCUGGUGUUGUUGCUGGUGCGAGUUACAGCGCCGAAUGUGUCGUUUUCGAGCCGGGCGCGAGGCACACGUAUUCCGAGGCCGUAGGAAAAAACGUCGCAAACCCAACAGCCAUGCUUUUGUGCGGUGUCAAACUUCUCCAUCAUUUGAACCUUCGUCGUUACGCGGAACAAAUAAGAGACGCUUUGAACCGAGUUUUGAAUGAUGGUAAAGUUCGUACCAAAGAUCUUGGCGGUCAGAGCUCGACGACUGACUUUACUCAAGCGGUUAUCAGCAGUCUGCGUUAAGUAAAACAAUCGAUUGUUGUUUUCUCGUUCAUCCCGACGGAGACCGAAAUAAAACGACCUAAGAGUAGGUAAAAAUUAAUGAAUCUUUACGAUGCACGUAAAAAGCCAUGACGUUUUGUAUGGUUAUAGCUGUUCGCUAUUUUGUGAACACAUACAUACAGGAAUAACGGAGCUUUGCAUCGUCGGAUGAGAAGAAUUGUCGCCACCAACACUUUUUUCUUCUCAAAAGUUGAGGCUUAGACUGUAAUACUCAACUCUCUCCGUUGUACACAUAGCUCCUUGUAAAAUACCUAAAUCUGUAAAAAAAUCAAUAAAUUAUGCCAACUAUGAAUCCUUUA